AUGGUUGUCAAUGAUGUCUUCCAGGAGGUCGAUGCGGAACAAUACCUACGCUUUUCACCUGCCCGCAAAGUGAUCAUCGGUGGUAUCCUGUCCUUCUGCUCUUUCCUGGCACCUAUCUCCUCCACCUCUAUAUUAUCUGCUAUACCUGAAGUCGCAAAGACCUAA